AUGAUUGAGGUCACGAUCGGAUACGUCGCCGGCUUCAUAGCCGCAGCUGUCGUAGUCGCCCAGAUAUGGUGCCCGACAAUCAUGGCCCUGGUGAUUGCAGGACUGCUCCGAGACACUGAGACCGUUGCUACAUGGAACAUUGCUAGUCGCGUGCUUCAAAGAACAUGGUGGCCUACUAUCCUAGCUUCCGACUCGGUCCUCACCCACGGCGCUCGCUUUAAGAUCACCCUGAUUUCCUGGGCAGUCCCAAGUAUUGCAGUGCUUAUUGCAAUUACCAGUAUUGUGACUCCGCUGGGGCUUUACGAGCAGAUGGACACUCUAGGCACGAGAGUUGGAUCGUUCGCCUACAUCAAAGACCUGAGCUCUUUCGGUUCAGCAACUUCCCAGCGGGGGGUGCACGACUUUUCUCGCAUCUGCUCCUGGGUCUACGUUUUAGCUCCAUGCCCCUACUCUGAAAACAGGGUCAUGGUCACCAGUAAUGGAACAAACAUCACCGUUGAAUUACCAUACGGAUACAGCUCCAGGGUAUCGCCGAUUGUGCGUGAGAUAUUCUCCAGCGGAACCACAAAUCUGACAACAAUAUCCAACUUCUUCGACAUCGAAUGGCGGCAACUGACGACGACUCCAAUGCUACAUAUUGACAACGGGACCGAGGUUCCAGUUGGAUUAUACCGUCAACUAGAGAGUCAUAUCAUGGAUUCAACCAUUACGGUAGUCGAAGGCCUUGUAGUGGACGGCAUUGCCGGCGGCGUCGGCUUCCGCAACCACACCAUACCGAAGAACAUUGAGCGAGGCGCCAGCUGGUCCGAGGACCUUCUUUUCAUUGAACCAAUCGCCAGCUGCGUCAACACGAACCUGACCCUAGAUUUCGAGAUAUUGUUAAACAAAAGCAGUAUCAGCUUCAGUAGCAUAACAAAUCUACGGCUGACAGAUCGCGGUGGGUUUGUCGACAUGAACAAAACAUAUCCAUCCUACGAUCGUGAUAAUGCACAAUCUAACCCAGACCUACGAGCUCGCGCCUACCGCGCCGCAUGGCUGAACAACGCAUUGACAAUGCAGUACUUCAACGUGACGACAAACAAUUCUCGGACAACAGGCCAAAGAGCGUUCUCAUAUUUGGACUCCAAAUUAGGCAAAGAAUUUGUGCUUGAACAGAAUUACGACACAGACUACCGUGCUCUUGGCUUCAGUUCUAAUUUCGGAAACUAUCUCGACUUGAGAGACAGUUACUACAAAGACAAAGGAGCAAAGUGGCUGAACCCGUUCAACGUUACAUCUCGAGACUUCGGCAUCGUGCGCCUCCUCUGCUCAGGGGCUGGCGGGGCCGAUUUCGCCAAUAUCUCAAACAUCUAUGUCGGCUGUGGCAUGGUGCGGGGAGUUCCGCAGAGGGUUGACAGCGGUGACGGAACAAUUUUUGAUAACCACAGUAAAUGGUCUUCGUCAAUUCAUGCAUGCGCAGCUGCUUUAACGGCAGUGGUAAAAACAGUCAAUUUUUCUUUUGAUGGGACCAGAACUGAUGGACUCGACGGACUCAUAAUUACCUCAAUCACCAACAAGAGUUACGACAACCCAGAUGAGUUUCCUGUCUGGGGCAUGGAAGACUCGGGCCUAACACUGGCGGAUAUUAGUCCAGUAUGGGGACUUCUUUCGCCUGAGUAUGCGUUAGGGCCUAAUAUUUCAACAGUCAAACAGCCAGCCUUUCACUUACCAGGAUAUUCCUUGGGAUCAGGUUUGCGUCUAGACGCUGUAACAGGAGGAAACUUACCGGGUAGCAACUUUCCAUUGAAAGCUAUGAACGCACUCUUCGACAGCGACUCUGACGAGGGAGUAUUCAGCAGCAGCUGGCCGUUUGACUUGAGGGGUGCAGCGAACAUGCCCGUCUUCAAGAGAUGGCAGGCCUUGUCAAACGACUCGGAGCGGAUCGCAGACAUCAUCAAGCUCGUCUGGACUGAUAUUGCAGCCUCCGCUGUGGUCGGUACGAAAGGAACGCUCGGUCCGGGCAACAUCGCUGCAGCGGAUAAGGCCGUUACCAUCUUCAUCAAACCAACAGGGAAACGAAUCAAAUACCGUUGGGUUUUUGGUAUUCCAGCGUUCGUCCUCCUGUUGGUAAUGCUAGUUGUCACUAGCGCCGUGCUGCUAUGCACAGCGGUGCGAGCGUCAAGCAUCGCAGUUCUCCGCCGCCGCCUACAGCAGCUUACCGUUGGGAGGAUUUUGACGACAUUCUUGUACCCCGAAGACAGCAACUUAUUCAUGUCAAGCAAAGAAUGGAGUCAUUCGAACGGGCACAAGGCUGUGAGUCUUGGUACUGCACCUAGGAAGGGCUCUGCGUGUGAGACCACAUUGCAGUCCUUCCGGCAUCGCCCUGAGACUCCGAUCGAUAGUGUCGUGGUCGGCUUAAUGGGUGGGGAUGGGAAGCCUCGAAAUUAA